ACAUGAUGCUGGGAGCAGAGCUAAGGCUGCCGGGCUCAGCCUGAGCAUCAGUGCGGUUUGGUGAGGCGUAGAGAGAGCAGUGACUCUUGCAGUGCUCGCUGUUAGCGCACAUCAUGUCCAAUAGGAAGAGGAAGGCCUCCAGCUCGGAGGAGCCAGUGUGCAUGCUGUGUGGCCGGGCAGAUGUCGACCCGAACAUCUGUGGGCACAUGAUUCAUCAGAGUGGAAUUCACGUCCAUUGGUUGUGCUUGGAUCUUGCCAGCACCGUUAAUGAAGCAAGAGGGACACGGUCGGGAAGUGAGGGCCGCCUCCCUCUUGCUGCCAUCAGACGUGCAGCCAAAGAGGCAACCAGGAAGCAAUGCUGUGUUUGUGGAGAGAGGGGUGCUACCAUCGCAUGCGCAGAGAGAGGCUGUGAGCGCAGCUUCCACCUGCCCUGCCAGGAUGGGGAAUGCAUCACCCAGUUCUUUGGGCAACGCAGGUCCUUCUGUUCGGAGCACCGUCCUCGCCAGGAAGCUCAGGAAGCUCCACCUGAAGGCACCAACUGCCUCAUGUGCCUGGAGCCUGUGGGGGACACUGUGUCCUACCACACCAUGGUGUGUCCAGCGUGCAGACACGCCUGGUUCCACCGGGCCUGCAUCCAGCAACUGGCCAGGAGUGCUGGUGCUUUCUGUUUCCAGUGCCCCAGCUGUCGGAAUUUCGAAGAUUUCAUAGUAGAAAUGGCCCUGCUGGGGAUCCGAAUCCCAGUCAGAGAGCCAGAAUGGGAGCAGAAUGAUGCAUACGCAUCACUUCUACAGAGGCACAGCCGCUGCGAUGCCAGCGAGUGCCUUUACCCUGGAGGCAGAGAGCAGGCAGAGAGAACAGGACCCUGGCAGCUGAUCCUGUGCAGCUCCUGUGCUGCUGAGGGGACCCACCGUCGUUGCUCCCACUUGAGUAACACAACAGCCAGGUGGGAGUGCAACAGCUGUGCUGGCCUGGGAACCGGUAAGAGGCAAUCAACCGUACCGUAGCCAGGCAAGGCCUGGCAGCAAGUGCUCAGGGCAGCUUUGCUUGAGUCUGUCUGCCCCAAGAGGUCUGGCAGAUCUCACUGCGGAGCUUCAGCUUCAUCCUCAUAACCUUCCUGCCUCCUCUUACAGUCUCCAGUUCUGACACUGAGAGCGACAGUCCCAGCGCUGCCGCUCAGAGGGCUCAGGGGCCAUUCAUCAUCUUCGUAGAGCCUGAGAAUAUCAGCUCGAUGCCUUCCAGCCAGGUAGCACCGGGGACGUCACAGACCUCCCAGCUGCCUGAGCACAGCAACCUGCCUGAGACCGAGCAGGAGACAAGCAGCCCACGUCCAUCUGAGGAUGGGGCUACCUCGGAGCAGCUGCGAGGACGUCGUGGGCGCAGAACAAGAGCAGCCCAGAGGUCUCAAAGUGGUUCCCGAAGAUCCACAAGGCGGAGGGCAUCCAGAACCUGCAGGGCGUCUCCAUC